CAAAAGUGACAAUGACAGACGUUAAAAUACUGUCGAAGAAUGAAAUGAAAUCCAAUUGUAAACAAUAACAAAAUAAUGUAAUUCUAUCAUUAAUUGAUAAGAUUAUUCAAAUGACAUGAACUUGAGAGUAUCACGUGCUUAGAGAUGUUAUAACGAAGGCAACAUGGAUGCUGACGAUCCUAGAAGACCUCUAUUAGGAAAUGCCCAAGCGUCAAGCAGACUACGGCGAGUGGCUUCCAAGCUGUGCAGUACAGAGUCAUGGAAGAGAAGGCUACCCAUCACAAUAUGGCUGCCCAAAUACAGCUUCGAAUAUUUAUUACGAGACGCCAUAGCAGGUAUCACAGUGGGUCUGACCUCAAUACCACAGGGCAUCGCAUAUGCUAUGGUCGCUGGUUUGCCUCCACAGGUGGGCCUCUAUUCCAGCAUAUUUCCUGGCCUCAUGUAUAUGCUGUUUGGAAGCUGCAAGGACGUCACAGUUGGUCCCACCGCCAUUCUAGCAGCACUGCUUGCAAAGUACGUCGCCAAGUCAGCUGACUUCGCAUAUCUGGCUGCUUUUCUAUCAGGCUGCUUUAUAUUACUUCUUGGGAUAUUACAGUUAGGUUUUCUCCUAGACUUUAUAUCAAAACCAGUGAUCAGUGGUUUCACUACGGCAGCCGCUCUUCAGAUCAGCGCGUCACAGCUCAAGUCUCUGUUUAGGAUAUCAGGUUCAUCAGGCAACACGUUCUUCGAUGCGCUGAUAAACUUCUUUAAAAACAUCAAGACAGUUCAGCUAUGGGACACAGUGUUAGGGAUCAGCACAAUUAUUGCACUACUGCUACUUAAACGUGCAACAAUAAAAGUAUCAGACACGGCAACUCCAUGCGCGUCCCGAAUGGCGGCGUGCUGGCUCAACGUUGUUCGCGCACGGAACGCUCUCGUCGUGUUCGCGGCCGCCAUACUUGCCUUCGUUCUCAACUUGAAAGGAAUCACGCCCUUUGCACUUACAGGUACCAUACAGGGUGGUCUGCCCAAAUUUGGACCACCACCUUUCAACACGGUGGUCAAUAACCAAACGCUUAACUUCGAAGAUAUGUUAGCCGUUUUUGGAGGAGAAGGGAUUGUGAUGCCACUCGUUGCUAUACUGGAGAGUAUAGCUAUUGCUAAGGCAUUUGCGGGGAGUACAACAGUGAACGCGACGCAGGAGAUGCUGGCCAUCGGUAUGUGUAACGUGGUCUCAUCGUUCGCGCAGAGCAUGCCCUCCACUGGUUCCUUCACUCGCACCGCUCUCAACCACGCCAGUGGAGUUGUUACACCCGCUGGGUGCUUCUUCAAAGCCAUGUUAGUAUUACUAGCUGUGACGCUGUUGGCUGACGCCUUCUACUUCAUCCCGCGCGCUACGCUGGCCGGCAUUAUAAUAGUCGCCAUGUUUUCACUUAUGGAAGUCACUAUUAUCAAACAAUUGUGGCGGAAUAGUAAGUUGGAGCUGUGCGUGUACUGUGUGACGGUGGCGUGCGGCGCGGCGGGCGGGCUCGAGUACGGCAUCCUCGCCGGCGCCGCCGCCGACGCCGCGCGGGCUCUAGCGCGGGCCGCGCGGCCCCCCAUACAUGGGACUGCCUUCAAGGUGGGCAACCAAGACUGUGUGUCCCUGAGCCUGCCGGGCUGGCUGUCGUACGCCAGCGCCGAGCACGUGCAACACAAGCUGCGCCGCCUGGCGCCGCCCGCCGCCGCCGUGCUCGUCCUGGACGCGCGACAUCUCUACGCCAUGGAUCUGGGAGUCGCUGAGAAUUUAGUAUCUGUGAUAGUAGAUCUAGAAAAGCAAGGCUACAGGUUCUUGCUGUGGAACUUCAGACGGAGUCAUCGACAGCUGAUGGAAGACAUCCACUCAGGGUUUGAGACUCGCUUCGUGGACGGACCCAGUAUUGAUCAACAUAUUUUAAUUGCUAGUGGUCAAGCCGAUUUCAAGACUAAUAUUUCACGACUGUGAUCACUUGAACAUUACGAGGCUCAGGUUUGGAUGUUAUCCGAUAAGAUGCAGUUUUUUAGGUAUAAAUUUAAGCUCAGUGAAUUUGAAAGACUAUUAUCAAGUUUUACAAUGUUUUUCACAAUUUUAUCUCCAUUCUCUCAGUUAUUGUGAUUGUUAGGAAACAUUACCUUUAAGUAUUUCCUAUAUUUAAUGUUGUUAGGACAUCGAUCUAUCCGUAAGAUAGAAUUGUUCCCGCCAAAUAAUAUUCCAUAGAUAAUGAUAAAUAUAAAAAUAUAGUCUAAUUAAUACAUUCCGGUAAUUAAAUAGGUAAAUGAAAUUUAAAAUGUAAUUAUUUAAAUCCAUUACUUAAUAUCAUUUAUAAGUGAUAUAAAAUGUGAUAUUGCGUUUUCAAUCAGAAUACGGUAGUUUCCAACUAGUCAAAUUCAAUGGUUUAUUCUAUGAAAUCGCAAAAUAUGACGCCAUUUUUUUCUACGUCAAAAUUUGCUAUAAAAGUAUAAAAUUUAGUAUUUAUAUCAAAUCAAUGAAUGAAAGAAUAAAUUGUAUUAUGUUUUAAUAUUUCAUUGUAUUGAGAAGCCAAAAUAUUUUUUUUUGUCCUAGGAAACUACUCAAUUAUUAGAUAUGCGAUGAAUCUGAAUUAUGCUAUAUUGAAACUUUGCUAUAAGUAUGUAGAUGUAGGUAGAUUUUAGUUAAGAAAUGAGUGUUUUCCGAAACCUGUACCCGUGAGAUGGCAGCUCUGUAGCGUCAAGUCCAUCCACCUGUUAAACCCAAUAUUGUUAUCCAAAAUGCCACAAUGUUGUGCAAAUAAAUACGUAUAUCUAAGCAAUCUUUUUGGGCUCAAUCUUCUUCAGCUCGGAAAACUUUCUUUGUCUGUAAUCCAUUAUAAAAUCAGCAAUACUUCUCCAAAUGCAUACAAUUUUACUAAACUAUUUAUUAUACGUUCCUUAAGCUGUGCUAUCUGACAGUUGCUUGGACUUCACGCGUGCGAAGCGCCGCCUGGUAGCAGAAAACAGAAAACUCUCAUCCAACUUAAAUGGUGCUGUAUUUCUUUUAACAAUUAAGUGUCUUUUAUGUAUGUUACCUACUUUAUCGAAUAUAGAAAGAAAAACAACUUUUUUCUAUGUUUAAGUCUACAGGUUUUUUUAAUUCAAUUUCUGUAUAUAUAAGUACAAUUUGUUGAGGUUUGUGAAUAUGUAGGUAGCUAUACUUAAUAAAGUUAUUGUGAAGUUUUUAUUAAAUAUUUUAUCAAUAAGUUA